CACUCCCAGUCUCCCACCCUGCUUCCAUAGAGCAAGUGAGCAACUGAGCGAGCAAGAAAGCCGGCCGUCAUGGAGAUGGUGCUGGACUGGCGGUCGCUGGGGUCCCUGCUGGCGACGCUCAUGGUGUUCCGCACGGCGAUGCGGGACUUCCUCCCUCCGGAGGCCGAGAUGUGCCUGCGCCGCCUCCUCGCGCGUGUCGCCGCCGCGUUCCGCCCGCCCAGCGGCACCAUCCUCAUCGACGAGGCCGACGGCGCCAGCGGCGGCGCCAACGACCUCUACGACUCGGCGCAGCUCUACCUCGGCGAGCGCUGCCUCGCCACGGCCCCCGCCGUGCGCCUCCACAAGCCCCGCCAGGCGCACCGCCCCGUCGCCUCCCUCCCGGACUCCCACACCACGCACGACACGUAUCAGGGCGUCCGCGUCCGCUGGACCUCCACCGCGCGCACCGCCGAACGCGGUGCGGGCGGCGGAGGGUACAGCCCCUACGGCGUGUUCGGCCGCGGCGGCCACGGCGUGGGCGGCGGCGGCGAUCACCGCACCCUCGAGCUGCAGUUCCCGCGCCAGCACCGGGACCUCAUCCACGACCACUACAUCCCCCACCUCAUCGCCGAGGCCGCUCGGAUGCGGCUCAAGUCGCGGGAGCGACGGCUGUACACCAACCGCGCCACCGGCCCCGGCGAUGACCACCACCGCCUCUGGACCUCGCACGCCUUCUCCCACCCGUCCAACUUCGACACGCUCGCCGUCGACCCGGCGCUCCGCGAGGAGAUCCGCGCCGACCUGCUCCGCUUCGCGGCGCGCCGGGACCACUACGCCCGCGUCGGCCGCGCGUGGAAGCGCGGGUACCUGCUCCACGGCCCGCCGGGCACGGGCAAGACCAGCCUCGUCGCCGCCAUCGCCAACCUCCUCGAGUUCGACGUCUACGACCUCGAGCUCACCACGGUGCCCACCAACUCCCACCUCCGCCGCCUGCUCGUCUCCACCACGCCAAAGUCCGUCGUCGUCGUCGAGGACAUCGACUGCUCCCUCGACCUCUCUGACCGCAACAAGAAGAACAAGAACGGCAAUAACGGCGCCGACGACGAGACCGCGGCGCAGCUCGCCGCGAUUUCGCCCGCCGCCGCGGCGGCCAUGGCGGUGGUGGGGCGGGAAUCCAUAAGCCUCUCCGGGGUGCUCAACUUCGUCGACGGCCUCUGGUCGUCCUGCGUCGGCGAGCGCCUGAUGGUGUUCACGACCAACCACCCGGAGCGCCUAGACCCGGCGCUGCUCCGCCCCGGCCGCAUGGACCGCAAGAUCGAGCUCGGCUACUGCACGCCCCCCGCGCUGCGCGUGCUCGCCAAGAACUACCUCGGCGUCGGCGACGAGGGCUGCGAGGACGCCGGCGACGACCCAGACACGGUGAGGGACCUCAUGGCCGAGGCGGAGGACCUGCUCGCACCCGCCGCCGGGGUGCGCAUCACGCCCGCCGACAUCGCCGAGGUGUUCAUGGGCUGCGACGGCACGGGCGCCGCCGCCGCCCUGAGGAAGCUCGUGGGCGAGCUUCGGCGGAGACGUGACGAUUACGCGGCGGCCGCAGCCGUAGCGCCGGGCGAAUCGGGGGAGGAUACGACGGAUUGUUGAAGCCAGGGAAUUGUCGUACGUGGCGGCGCGGCUAUGACGCGUGGCUGCCUGGUCAGCUUUCCACUAGUUUGAUCGAUGCUGCUGGGCUGACGAUGGAGUAUGACGGGGCACUUCGUCUGUACUUGUUGGUGUUGUGUAGAUAGGGUGUUUGUUUGCCUCUCGUUUUGUGUUGGGUUGUCUACUGGUUUAUGUCGUAGCAUGUAGGCGAUGAUGGACGCUGAUCAAGCAGGCACGACGGCACAAACGAACAUGGCAGAGCUCGUUCAUUUCGUGCAACAAUGGUUUAUGUUGCUAAAUUUCGUUUUCAGCCUAGGUGUAAAUAAAGUACUGAAAAAGGCAGGCAGACUGCAAUACUUUAUCAUGACUAAAGGCAAAAAAAAGUUGAGCUCCACCUUCAGCAA